ACCUCGGAGACCUCGGUCGGGCGUCAGUAUAAUACACGCGUCGAUCGUCGUACCAAGUGACUUUAUGCUGCAGCCCGAAGACAACAGAAAUUAAUAUUACCGUCUGUCGCGUUAUUAAUAAUCGUCGUACACAUCAUAGGGAUACACUCACCACGCAGCCAGGCUUUAGUCCAUUUACCACACUGAGCAGUCCUAGAUCACCGGCAUCGUGCGAGAUCAGCUCUUGCAGCAGCAUCGUGCAUACCUAGUACAUUCGUCGACAUCAUGAAGGUAUCUGCAGCGACCGCCGUCCUGGUUGCUCUGGUCGCCACCGUGCAGAGCUCGGACCCGUGUAACAUAUCCACUUGCUACAAGAGUGGCACGACGAAGCCGCCGAUGAAUGUGACGCCCACUCGCCUGCCGGUUCAGUCGUCGUCCACCCCGACCAGCCACCCACAGACCACUUACGCCAAGGACCAUGCGCACGGUUCGACCACCGUCAAGUCCGGUGCCAAUGCUACGGCCACGACAGCCAGCGGAGCGUCCGUCAACGGUACAGAGCGGCCAGCCGUCGCCAAGUCUUCGGCCGGAGUAACCGGAAACUCUACCACACCAAAGCCUACGAUGACCGAAGGACAUGUGGCUCUGAAACAGAAGUUGAACACAAUCGCGGUUAAGUGCAAGGACGAGUUGCACGCCCCCCAGGAGAUCAUGGCACUGGUCAGCAACACGGUGGUCCCACAGAACGAGCAGCAAAGGUGUUACUUAGAGUGUGUGUACAAAAAUCUAAACUUGAUCAAGAAUAACAAGUUCAGCGUUGACGACGGCAAGGCGAUGGCUAGGAUACGCUUCGCUAACCAACCGGAAGAGCACAAGAAGGCGGUGACCAUAAUAGAGACUUGCGAAAAAGAAGCUGUUAUCGAUCCGAAAACCACUGAAAAAUGCGCAGCUGGACGAGUGAUCAGAAACUGCUUUGUUAAAAACGGAGAAAAAAUAAAUUUCUUCCCUAAAGCAUAAGGCUUGUUAUGUGGAUGGAAAAUGGAAAGUAUGAGUUUGAAAAUUUCAACCAAACAUGGAUAUACUAAAAAUA